CCCAAGUUUUUGAGAGUUGAUCAAGAUAAAGACAAAGAUUGUAGCUUGGACUGUGCGGGCUCUCCUCAGAAACCUCUCUGUGCAUCCGACGGAAGAACCUUCUUAUCCCGCUGUGAAUUUCAACGCGCCAAGUGCAAAGACCCCCAGCUAGAGAUUGCGUACCGAGGGAACUGCAAAGACAUGUCUAGGUGUGUGGCCGAGAGGAAGUACACCCAGGAGCAAGCUCGGAAGGAGUUCCAGCAAGUAUUCAUUCCGGAGUGCAACGAGGAUGGCACCUACAGCCAGGUCCAGUGUCACAGCUACACAGGAUACUGCUGGUGUGUCACACCCAACGGAAGGCCUAUCAGCGGCACAGCUGUGGCCCACAAGACGCCCAGGUGUCCGGGUUCCGUAAAUGAAAAGUUACCCCAACGGGAAGGCACAGGAAAAACAGAUGAUGCCGCAGCUCCGGCGUUGGAGACACACCCUCAAGGGGAUGAGGAAGAUAUCGCGUCUCGAUAUCCCACCCUCUGGACUGAGCAGGUUAAAAGUCGACAGAACAAAACCAACAAGAAUUCAGUGUCGUCCUGUGACCAGGAGCAUCAGUCGGCCCUUGAGGAAGCCAGGCAGCCCAAGAACGAGAACGUGGUGAUCCCCGAGUGUGCACAUGGCGGCCUCUACAAGCCUGUGCAGUGCCACCCCUCCACGGGGUACUGCUGGUGUGUCCUGGUGGACACAGGACGCCCCAUUCCUGGCACAUCCACAAGGUAUGAGCAGCCGAAAUGUGACAACACGGCCAGGGCACACCCCGCCAGAGCCAGGGACCUGUACAAAGGCCGCCAGCUGCAGGGUUGUCCUGGUGCCAAAAAGCACGAGUUUCUGACCAGUGUUCUAGAUGCACUCUCCACAGAUAUGGUCCACGCUGUGUCUGACCCGUCCUCCCCAUCUGGCAGGCUCUCGGAACCCGAUCCCAGCCACACGCUGGAGGAGAGAGUGGUGCACUGGUACUUCAAACUGCUGGACAGAAACUCCAGCGGGGACAUCGGCAAGAAGGAAAUCAAGCCCUUUAAGAGAUUCCUUCGGAAAAAGUCAAAGCCCAAAAAGUGUGUGAAGAAGUUUGUUGAAUACUGUGACGUGAACAAUGACAAAUCCAUCUCCUUGCAAGAGCUGAUGGGCUGCCUGGGCGUCACCAAGGAGGAAGGCAAGACCAACACCAGGAAACGUCACACCCCUAGAGGGAAUGCUGAAAACACUUCUAAUAGACAGCCAAGGAAACAAGGAUGAAUGGCUGACGGUGUCCAAGGCAGUUCCUA